UUUUAUUUCAUGUUCAUCGAUUUCUAGUCGAGUAAAUGUUUAUUUAUACCAUAAAUAAAUAGUAAAAAAAGUAAUGAUUGUGGCGACAUUGCAUAUGUCAGUUGGGACGCAAAAUGUCUGCGAAAAGGCGGCCACCUGUUUUGCUUAAGGUAUUUAUAAUUGUUUUUCUUAUUUUUUGUGAAAAAAUGAAUUGAAUUAUAGAUUUAUUUAUUAGAUAAUAAACAUUUCAAUAAUUAUUUACAGAAACAUACGCACUUUAUUACAUUUUUAUGGUGUUUAUUUGUAACUAAAAUGAUUUGUCCGUCACAGCGGACAUUGCUAAUUGUAUAGAAAAGUAAUACUUUAUUACUAUGUCCGCUGCGGCGGACAACGCCAAAAUGUGUGUUCUUCUGCUUGUUUGGUUAUGGUUCUGAGUUUGUUUUUUUUUCUUUGCCAACAGCCUAAUCGCGCAAGUAAAAUUAUUGCUUUAGUGCCGAAUGAACAUGCACCUUCCGAUGCUAGCGAAAUAUCAGAUUCGGAAACUGAAUUGCAUGAUGCACGUACUAAUUCUUCCACUCCCCUGUCUUCUCCUGCACCAUCUAUUGCAUCUUCCCUUGCUAACAUAACAAUAGAUACAUCCGACGAUGAAGAAUUACACUCCGAAGAUGCUGAUAUUAUACCAGAUUCUAUCGUGCGUGAAAUUGGCGAGUCCAUUUAUGAAAAUGUUCCAUCCCUAUCUGCUAUUCCUUCAUUGCCUGCAACGCCUAUAACACCAAUAGCUUCUUCAUUAGCACCCCGAAAAAAAAGAUUUAGGAAACCAACUACAGUCAAAGCCAAAAGACCAAAAAAAAACAAAAAAUUUCAGCUGACUUACAAUUGGAGAGUAGCUCAAUUCCGUCACCAAGCGACAAUAGAAGAGGGUGAGGAGGAUGAUUACAUAGACCUGCCAGAAGAUGAUUCACCUUUGAGUUUCUUUCACCUUUUUUUUUCUCAAGAUAUGUUUACUAGUAUCGUAGAGCAGACAAACUUAUAUUCAGUUCAACAAACCGGCAAGUCAAUUCAACUAACAGACGAAGAAUUUAGAGACUUUUUAGCCAUCCAUAUACUUAUGGGUAUUGUUGUAAUGCCUUCAUAUCUUGAUUAUUGGUCAGAAAAAUUUAGAUAUGGUAAUGUCGCAGAUAUAAUGUCUUUGAAAAGAUAUCAGCUGAUACGAAGACAUUUACAUUUUGUUGACAAUACAAUGGACGAUGGAGACAAAUAUUUUAAAGUUCGUCCAGUCAUAGAGCAUUUACGACAAAAUUGUCUGAAACAACAGAAAAAGGAGACAAAAUUUAGUAUAGUUGAAAUGAUGAUAGCAUAUAAAGGGACUAAGGCCGGUAAAAGAAAACAAUACAUGAAAGAUAAACCUAACAAAUGGGGAUUUAAAAAUUAUGUAAGGGCCGGAGUUUCCGGAAUAAUUUAUGAUUUUGUGCUGUAUGGAGGUGACGAUACUUUUCGCAACCAUAAGUUCACUGAAGAAGAAUUGUCUCUAGGUUUUGGUGCUCAGGUGGUUAUAGCAUUAUGUCAAAGUAUUUGUCAAAAACCAUCUUUCGUGUUUUGCGAUAACUUUUUUUCUUCACCUGAGUUGCUAUUAAUUCUCCGAGAAAACUAUGGUGUUUUUGCCUUAGGCACUAUUCGUGGCAAUCGCCUUCGAGGAGCAGAAAAAGUUUUACCUACUGAAAAAGCCAUGAAAAAGAAACCUCGAGGACAUUUUGUAGAAUCUAUAUGUGAUAAAAACCGCUUAGCUGUUGUUCGUUGGAAUGAUAAUAAGGCUGUCACAUUUAUUAGUUCCUUUGUAGCAAGUGAGCCUAUAGAAAAAAUACGCCGAUAUUCCAAAGACGCAAAAGCCAAAAUCGAUGUCCAAUGUCCACAGAUUGUGCGUCAAUACAAUAGACAUAUGGCAGGUGUUGAUCUUUCUGAUAUGCUAAUAUCACUGUACAAAACACCUUUCAAAAGCAGGAGAUGGUAUUUAGCGAUAUUUGCACAGAUAAUUGAUAUUUGUAUAAAUAAUGCUUGGCUAUUAUACCGCCAAAAGCAUUCCGGCAACGUGAAAUCUAAAAAACCUUUGAAAGCAUAUAGAUAUGAUAUUUAUGACUUAUUGUGCAAGGUAAACAGGUCGGCUACAAGAAAACAGACUGAAUCCGUCAAAGUAAAGAAACCGCAUGCACCCCGCCCUUUGAGUCCAUUAAAAUACGACAAUAUAGGACAUUUCCCUUCGACCAUGGAAGAAGGACGCUGCAGGUUCUGCCAAAAGAAAACUAUCGUGUAUUGCAUAAAAUGCAACACAAGAUUAUGUUUCGUGACAGGAAAAGCCCCCAGAAAUUGUUUUUUAAAUUUUCAUACAAAAUAAACUGUACUUCGGUAUCAAUUAGUUCUAAAAUGUUCAUUUCUGUAUUUUUCUUUAAUAAAAAAACAUAAAAAUAUCUGUGGUUUUUAUUUUCCGUAGUUUGGCAG